AUUGACUGCAUUCAUCCAUGCAUUUGUCCACAACAGCGCCAUCCCUCCAACGCCUGUUUUGCAUUUAGACCCCUUACAGUUUGGCAAGGAAAGGGUUACGGAGUUUAUAGGGUGGUCCAGAUCGACGUCGCCAUGAACAAAUGAAUUCGCGGGGAAUUAAAUUUCACAAAGGAGAAAGAAUCCUGUGCUUUGAACCCGACCCGUCCAAGGCUAAAGUGUUGUAUGACGCUAAGGUCAUUGAUGUCUUGAUUGCAGAUAAACAUGGCAUAAGAGUCCCAAAGUAUCUCAUUCAUUUCAACGGUUGGAGCAGAAGCUGGGAUCGGUGGGCUGCUGAGGAUCAUGUCCUAAGGGACUCAGAGGAAAACCGUAAAUUGCAACAUAAACUGGCUCGCAAAGCUCUAGGUCGCAUGAAGAAAAAGGGAUGGGCGAAGAGGCGCCGUCGUCAAUCUGGUACCAAAUCCUCCUCUCUCAAAAUUCUUCCUAAGGAGGACGACAGUGACGACGCAUGUCUGAUUUCGUCUACAGACAGCAGUGACGGGGACGACUCAGACACUGAAUCUUCAAAUAGCGGGGACAGCACCUUCUCUGAGGAUACUGACAAAAUGAGGGUUGAGCCAGACAUUAAUGUUAAAAGAGAAUGUGAGGAAAAGAUUAUCCAUGUUGACAUCAGCAUCCCUGAUAUCCUGAAGAAGAAACUGGAGGAUGACUGCUUUUACAUUAACAAGAGAAAGAAGCUGGUGAUGGUUCCUUGUCAGACAAAUGUCGUGCACAUCCUCGAGUCUUACGUCAAACACUUUGCCAUCAACAAAGCCUUCAUGGCCAACGAGAGAUACCGGCGUCAGCAGAACGCCACACAGAGUAGCAGCCCACAGCCUGUACCUCCAGAAAAGAGCGAGGAGCUGUGUAAGGAGAUGGUCGACGGGUUGAGGAUCACGUUUGACUUCACCUUACCCAUGAUCCUCCUCUACCCGUGUGAACAAGCUCAGUUCAAAAAGGUCAGCUCCUCCAGGCUCUUCCUGGCCGUCAAUGAAAGCUCCCCCUGCUCCAGCAAUGCCCAAAGAGAGCGCAGCCCCAGCCCGUUGGGGCACAACCCGCCCACCCCCCAGUCCACAGACAGCCAACCAGCACUGAGCGACAUAUCUGCUUCCACGCCCACCGCCCCAGCCCCCACCCCGAAGCGCAGGCGCCACCCCGACAUGGACUGCAUCUCCUUCCAGUCUCAGUCCCUCAGACGCUCCACCAGGAACACAUCUGGAGGAGACCGGCCAGCCGAAGGAAGCAGUGGAGGUGGAGGCAGUGCCACAGCAUCCCCGCAGCUCAAACGCCGACUGGUCGACACCUCAUCCCAGCCAAAGUUCUUCCUUAACCUCGACAGAAAAACCCCAGUGCACAGUGGCUCAUCCUCCCCGUUGCCCUCGACGCCAAGCAAAGAGCGCAGUGGGCCUUUUUAUGGCCUUGAGAGCCGGAGGAACAAUGAACUUAAUGAGGUACUAAGUUGGAAGCUGACUCCAGAUAACUACCCACUGCAAGACCAGCCCCCCCCACCUUCAUACCUGUACGGAGCCCAGCACCUCCUGCGUCUUUUUGUGAAGCUUCCUGAAAUCUUGGGGAAAAUGCAGAUCCCUGAGAGGAAUCUCCGAGCGCUGGUCAAGCAUUUGGAGCUCUUUCUAAGGUUUCUGGCUGAGUUCCAGGAGGAUUUUUUUCCUGAGUCCGCAUAUGUGUCAGCAUCAGAGGCCCACUACAGCAUGAAACAACCGAGGCCAAUUUAUUAAAGGAGACGUCAGCCAUUGUGUUUCCUUACUUAGCGUGUCUUUCCCCUGCCCUAACCUCCAGCUUGUGUACACUGAGCUGUCUGGGCUCGUUCACGGAGCAGCUGUCUCUGGAUUGUUGCUGUUUUGUGUUUUUUCUGGACCAACCUUUCUUUUUCUCUAGGCUAAAACUCCUGCUUUUGGAAACCAGUUGCUUUAACCCUGCCACUAACCCUUGCCGAUGCUCACUUUGCAUUUCGAGCCAACCUGCUCCGCAUUAAUUUACUGUUUCAAGGAAUGUCGGGGGCCACAUGUUGGAAUACCUACCUUUUUUAGGGGCCUCACAAGUUAAAUUCACAGUUUCUCUCCAUAUUUACAUCUGCUUUUUCUUACCUGGCCUACACUUUUUAAGACCAGGCGAUGAUUGGAAAGUUCUCCAGGCUUCCAUCAUUUAGCUGUGGAAGCAGACAUAACUUCUCUGCAAAGCCCCAUCUCUGUAGCCGGGAAAAACAAUACUUUGGCCUGUUCAUAGAAACAGACACAGAUUAGACCGCAUGUGUUGUUGUCAUUGUGCCCGCCAAAUAAACUCAUUUUAGAUACUCUUAAGGGCAUUACUGGGUCACCUGUUCGGUGGCUUGGCCCCAUUUGUUGUAAUGACUUCCUGUAAGUGCUGGCAGCGCUAGGGAUCCUCUACAGUUGGACUUGCUCCUCCUGUCCCGGAGAUUCAUCGCUGCCUUUGCUGAGCAGUUUUCUGACUCUCUCUAGUUUUACAUUUUUAAUUGUCCAUGAGAAUUGUUCUUAUUUCUUUCUCUGUCUUUUUUCUUCCUGUGCAUGUCUGAAAAGUGUCUAUUUGCCCUUUAUUUUCCCUUUUUCAAAAAGGAUAAACCACAACAUCAAACAUUGCUUGUCUGUAUAACAUAUUCAAGAGGCAUGUCAUAAUAAAUGCAUUUGGAGGUAAUCUGUAUCAACCAGUAAUGUAAGUAUACAGUUAAAGACCUGAGAUAGUUAUUAUCGUCUCGUUUAUUGAUGACAAACAAGAUUAGCCCAUAAAUGUGUCCAGAACAAAUUCAUUAUUCCACUGAUGCCUUUUACUAAAUUGUGAAAAUGUAAAUAACCGUUUUGAUAUUUAUUUUUGUUUGCACACCAUGUUCAUAUAUUUGUUAAAUUGGAUAUGACCUGACCAUGCUCAUUCCAGGCCAGUUAAAACCUUUUCUUGAGCAAAUAAAUUGUUCUGUACAAAAUAUCUUGAAAUAGCUGUAUUGCAAUACACUGUGUGAUACAAUGGAUCUAUAUACGUGUAUUGUAUUCUGUGCAGAGCUAUGAUAUGCAUAGCCUGUUAGACAUUUCUUAUGUCUCUUUCCUGUCAGCCAUGUUUUCUUCAUCGAGUUUGAAUAAACACUUUCUGAAGCUCA